AUGUGUGUCGUUGGUGCAGGCACUGCUCUGGAAGCUGAAAUGAAAACUGCAACGCAGCGCCUCGUCAUCAAUUUGCAUGAGGUAGUACGACAAAUCGGCGACGCACCGACUCCAGCACAGAGUGCGCCAUCCUCUGGCCCGACCGAGGCCCCGGCUUCAUUCCUGGAAGAAGUGUUGACGCUGUUGAUGGAAAACUUGGCGAAAGUGGUCUUCAAGGGUCUGGCCGAUCCUGCCGAAGCGUGUCGGGAAGCUUCCAUCAAAGCAGUGGCACUGUUCAUGGAGCACGUGCCGGAUCUCACACCACAUCUGGCUUACCUGUUUCCUGUCCUAAUGGCUCGUGCAGUCCCAGCGGGAAGUCUGUACGACCCAUCGCUGGAACUUUUCGUCCACGAUAAUGACGAGCAUGAAGCUUACAAACGGGGACGGGCAACAGAGCGCCAGGACCAGCAUCCCCCGCAAGUCCAGCACAUCGCAGAAGGGAGUGAAGAGCUGCGUCUGUCUCUCUGUCGAAUGGUCGGUUGCAUGCUGGCGAAACUUAUGAACAGGGGUACGAUAGGGGUGCUUCGACCCUAUCUAGACGACACGAUUCUGCUACUGGUGUCUCAAUUCAGAGACCCUUACUCAGCGGUGAAAGUGGAAGCCCUAUCCAUCGUAACGAAGCUGGUGCUGCAUCCACAUGUGGAACAGGGAAUGAAAUUCUACGCGGUGGGCAUAUCACGGGCAAUUCUGCCGCACCUCCGGCACAGGCACGCCAAGGUACGACUCGCUGCGAUCAAGGCGCUGCGGCUGGCUGUGAUGGUCCCCGAUCGAGCGAAGGUCAAGGGUGCUGGUACAUCAGCUAUCGUUGACCUUGUGGGGUUUCGAGAAGACAACGUGCUUCCUGUAGCAGCGUUCUACGGAAGAGGAGAUACAACGGUCAACUACCUCGCGGAGUUGACAACCGAUCGAAGCGUAUCGGUGCGGGCGGAGACGACUGCGAUGCUUGGCGACUGGCUCACUUCUCUUCCUGACAGGUACGACCACCAGACGAGACUCUUGCCCUACGUCCUCAAUGCGAUCGCGGACGAAGCCGAGGUGGUUUCAACGAUUGCAGUUGAGACCCUGUCCAAGUGCGGGGCAGAAUACGAACGUGAACACCAAGGCGACGUCAUAGAGAGAAGGCAGUUUGGAGUCGAUGGAGAUAUUCGCGCCAAUCACACCAAGCCUCUCCCACACCCUUUCUCCGGACGGCCCAGAAUUGGUGCCCGCUUGUACGUGCGCGGCAAUACUAGGCGAUUUCUCAUGCCACUACUGGCGGAGAUGUCCAACUGGAUCAGCAAAACGAGGCUGCAGUCAGCGCUACUCUUCCGCACGCUGGUCGUCUACUGCGAGGAACACCUUACCGUGGAGACUCACAAGUUGAUCCCGCACCUUCAGCGAGCCCUGCAUCUAGCCACCAACGAGAAGGAUCACCUUCUAGAAAAAAUUAUCCUAGACUGCUGCGAACUGGUGGGGCGAUAUGUGGUCCCGGAGUCCUACCUGCCGCAUAUGCUGUCGCGCAUCAAAGAAGACCCCGAGGUUGACCCUACCGGAAGCAGAGCUACCCUGCUGUCAAUCUUGUGGAAAUUGAUGGAAGGGGCCCUCCCGAAGGUUCUCGUACCACACGCUGCAGACAUCGUCGAUGCUGUUACUGCACGGUGCGAAGACAUCGCGGGAGAACCUGUACGCGUACGCGGCGCGACCAUCAAAGUGCUCUCCGUGGCCGCCAGCGCCAUGGCGGGACUUGGGCGGCAGGCCGUCGAGGAGGUCACCUUCGCAACCACUGGGCGCCUUUCAUCCACUGGGCGCCCCAUCAAGUCUGCCCUAACAUACCUGUUGGUGUGUAGGCGCUUGACUGGCUGCUUUCUCGCUGAGGUUGACCUAGUCCUCAGCAGCCUGGCGGAAGCUUGUGGCCUGGCCAGUGUGGAGUCACUGGUUACUGCCCAUGCGGAAGAGCUCGCAGCGGGUGCAUCCUCGGAUGGGAGCCAAGAAGAGAUAUUGGCAACGUUUGUCGGUGCACUCGUGCUGAGAAUAGCCCAAGUUUGGGAAUACGGCGAAGGCUCCGUCCAAGCGGAAAGGGACGGAAAAUCCAAGGAACACGACGCCCGCUGUAUGCUGAAGCUCGGUCUGAAUACUUGUUGGAACAAGACGCCUUUGUUGCGCCAUCGUCAAAUGGAGAUGAUCACGACGUUUAUGGACAACAAGUCUUGGUGCCGGGUUUUGUCGACUUGCUCGUCACAAGUCGAGUUUCCGGCCGAGGAUAUGAUGGCCGCUGUCGUAGGGCUUCUGGAGCACCCGCAAACUAAGCACCAGGAAUGUUGUCAGGCGUUAACCCUUGUUUCCCAGGUCCUGAAAGUAUCCAGCUGCUCGUCUUCUGACCAGCAUGCCCACAGCCGUCAAGUCAUCCCCUUCUCGCAGAGCGAUAAGCCCGAGGAACUCGAGUGCUCCGCCAUGGCCGCCAGCGCCUUCCCGUCAAUAAUCUCCAGAUUGGAUGGCAGUAAUGACGACGUGCGGCGGAUUGCCGUGAAAGCUUUGGCGGAUUUCCUCCCUUUCGUGCAACCAGAUGGCUCCUGCGGAGAGGGGACGCGCCCUGCCGUGCAGAAAGAGGAAAGUUGCGCUUCUUUUGGUGCCGACGGCGUUGAAAGGACGAAGCUUCUCCGGUUCGGGCUGUUCGUCGAGAAGUGCGUGAUGUAUGCCACGAAUGUGGUAUCGGCUGAAUCAGAGCUAAUGGACGAGCUCGAUACUCUUCUGCGAAGGGCGGCAUGCUUAGAUCCAAACGCGUUCAUUUCGAUCCUUGCCAGGUGGGGUUGA